AUGUGCUGUCAUGCUCAGAGCUUACCUGAGGAGAGUGAACUCCAGCAACCUGUGAAGUCAGCUGAAGUCUUUCAACGUUUGGGAUGUAAUGAAGCUGUUGAAUUCAGAGAGAAAGACACACCUAAUGAAAGCAGGAUGGAUGUGGAAUAUCUGCAAAAAGAUAAAUCUUCCAGUAAACCUAAACACACAGAAAAUAAAUUGGAAAUUGAUAUAAGAAAAUCAGAUGUAGACAGAUACGAUGAAAUCAAAACUGAUAGAACAUUAAAGCAAUUUUUAAAUUUCAGUGGACAAGAAGGUAGCAUUAGUGACAACAGAGAAAAUAAGCUACAUACAGAGCAAGAGAAUUUAGUGGGUUUUGCUGAGAUCUGUGUGAGUGUGAAUAAUGAUCCUGGUGAAAUGUUAAAUGAGCAAAUUGCUAAUGGAGAGAGACAGAAAACAGAGGGCGUAUCAAAGAAGUUGCCUGAAGUGGAAAUGAUGCACAAAACCACAGGAAAAAAUUGUUCAAGAAAGGCAGGGAGUGAUGUUCCAACAAAGGACAAAUGUGCGAUGCAAUCAGAAACUAAUUUUGAGCUAACAACGAAGAAAGAUGAAGCUACUCCAAAAACUGGAAAGCAUGCCCUGGAUAUCAGCCCUUACAAGCAGCAACAUUUUUCACCAAGAACUCAUUUUGAAUGUCAGCGUAAAGAGCAUUGCUUUGCAGAAAGUAAUAGCCAUACUACUUUAAACUCGGAAGACAGAGAGUUUCAAGUGUGUGGUGAAAAAGGUGACUGUCUUUCAGGUGUAAGGGAUGCAACACCUUUAGAGAAAGUUGCAUCCUCUUUCAGAGAGCUGGCAGCACACAAGGGAAGUGAAAAAACAAAGUUAAAUUUGCAGUCUGUGAGCAAUUCAUGCGUUUCUUGUAGUGUUGAAAGGGAUACAAACAAACUGCACAGAGCACCUCUGGAUAAAAGUUACUUCAUAGCAGAAAACGAAAUCCCAGAAAAAACAAAUGUAAAUCUAAAUGAAGCCAAGAGUACAAUGCAAGAAAUUUUGGCUGUUCCUUCAGGAAAUAUUUUAGAGAAUUGGUAUGCAGCAAAAGUCUCUGAAUCUUAUCCAUUAGAUUUUGAAGUGUCACCAGUGCAGAGUGAUCCAAGUUUAGGUAUGGAAUUGUUAGGAAAUACUGGUGAUUUAAAUGCAAAUAUAGCCCUCUCAGAAAUUAUUUCUGGAGGAGAGGAUUAUUUUCCAUUAUCAGAACAUGAAUUAGCAAAAAAGCUUUUGAGUCAUGGUGAGAAAGUAAGCGAGAAGAAAAUAUCACAGGGGAAAAUUUGUGGUUGGGACAACAUAAAUAUAAGUGGGAAGAAGCGGAGUGGAGAAGACAAAUUAGAACAGGGUCAGAAAAGUAAGGAUUUAUUGCUAGUUGCAGAAAUGGACAGUAGAGAUAAGGGUCGUAGCACUAAGGUACCUGGAAAAACCACUGAACUCCAGAAAACAUUCUGUGAAAAAACAGGGAAAAAAGCGUCAAUUAAUUUAAAGAAUAAGGAAGCAUCAGUGCGUGAAGCAUAUUCAGAUCUAAUGGCACAGCAAAACAGCACAAUUGAUGAGAACAGAAAACUCAUGGGAAAGGUAAAAACACUUGAGGAAAUGUUGGAGGAUAUGAAGAAACAAAAAUUCCAAGUGGAACAGGAGCUCCCUAAAGUGAGGGAAGCUGCAGAAAAGGAGCGGAAGAAGCAGCAAAAGGAGAUGGAAGAGAUCUGUCUUCAGAAGACCAAGGCUGAGCAAGAGGCAAAGCAGUGUCGUAUAGAUCUAGAGAGCAUCGAGAAAGAGAAGGCAGAUGCAGAGCAGGAGCUGGAGUGUGUAAGGCAGCUCAUUUUUCAGGCAGAGACUCAAAGAAGGAAUCUAUCAGAAAUAAAGCUGCAAGAGAAGGAAAAAAGGGAAUCCAGAAGGAAGGUUGUUGAAGGCAGGUACUCUAUAACUAGAGAAACUUCCAUGCCAACUUUCAUGGCUGGGAAAGGCAGCCAUUGUAGCACUGAUCCUGAAAUUACAAGUUUCCAGAAGAAACAGGAAGCCAAAAAAGUAGAAGAGCUUAAACAAAAGAUAGAUGAGCUAACCCUUGCUAACAAAAAAGCUGAUAAAACUAUUAAAGACCUGAAAUAUGAACUGAAUGAAAUUGAGCUUCAGAAAUCAUCAACAGAAGAAAAGUCUCGUUUAUUAAAAGAAAAACUAGAUAAAGUCAAUAGUGAACUUAAAUGCCUAAAAAUUAAGUUGGAGGAAAAAGACCAAGUAGAGCAGGGAUAUUUGCAGCAGUUGAAAGAACUAGAGAAACAGCUGCAUAGAACCACAGGUAAAGCUGAAGAUGUGAUGCAAGAAGCUAUGGAUCUUAAGAAAAUUAAGAUGAACUAUCAGGAGGAGCUGAAAUCUGUUCAGCAAGAAAAGACACAGCUAAAAAGACAGCUAGAGGAAUUAUCGAGAUCACAGACAAAAACUGAAAUCACUAUCAAACAUUUGAAUUCACAAAUCAGUUCUCUUCAAAAAGAGAAGCUGGCAGCUGAACACAGAACACAGUCAUGCAAAGGAGAAGCAAAUAAUCUUCAAGACCAAUAUAAGAAAAUUCAGGAACAGUUGCUUCAAAAAACAAAAGUAGAGAAAGAAAACCAGCAGGAAAUUCAGAUGCUGAAGACUGAAUUAGCCAAAAGUAAUCAGGUGUCAGAAACAUUGAAACGAAAGAUAGAGGACCUUAAUAAAUGGAAUACUGAAACAAAACUACUGAUGAAUCAAAUUCAGUCUGAAUCAGAGAAGGUGACUUUGGAAAAACAAAGUAUUCAGAGGAAAAAUGAUACAUUAAAAGCCCUAGCAGAUGGUUUCAAAGAGCAACUGCGUACAACAAAUGAACAAUUGCACAAGCAAACAAUAAUUGAGCAAGAAUUCAUAUGUAAAAUUAAAAGCCUAGAAGUUGAUCUAGCAAAAACAAAAGACUUAGCUAGUGAAUAUAAACAAAAAUGUGAUAAGCAAAGUGCUUCCACCCUAACCAUUGACCGGGAGGUCAAAAAUCUAAAUGCCCAAAUGAAUGCUCUAACUAUGGAAAAGAGAGCGAAUGAGCAGAAGAUACAACUACAACAAGCUCAUAUACAAGAGCUAAGUAGUAAAUUAAAAAAAUUACAGGAUGAACUCUAUCAGAAGACUCUGGAUGAACAAAUGGCACGCAAGAAGAUGAUUCUGUUUCAGGAAGAAUCCAUUAAGUUUAAACACUCUGCAGAGGAAUUCAGAAAAAAAGUUGAAAAAUUACUGGAAUCCCAUAGCAUCACAGAAAAGGACAUUUCUGGCAUAAAACUAGAAUGUGUUGGGUGA